CCAACACAGCAGCAGACUCCCUCUCCCGCUACUUGACCUGCCUCUGCUCCUCCUGCUUCCAUCGACACUCUCCAUCACUCUCCGGCUCCCAUCAUCAUCAGCGCACACACGAGCGCGCUCCCUUAUACAGCUCCAUCCAUGAGCCAAGGUGCAUGUGGACCUGCAGUCGCUCAAGUAGAUCCAGAGUUGCGCUAUGUCAAGCAAGAACGCAUCGGGGCAGGUUCAUUCGGCGCUGUGCAUAAAGGCUAUGAUCGCCAGACCAAGACGCCUGUUGCCAUCAAAAUCAUUGACUUGGAGAACGCCGAAGAUGAAGUCGACGACAUCAUGCUAGAGAUUGCCAUUCUAUCUCAGCUCAAUAGCCCACACGUGACGCGCUAUCAUGGAUCAUACCUCAAAGGUACCAAGCUAUGGAUCGUCAUGGAAUACUGUUCCGGUGGGUCAUGUGCUGAUCUGCUACGUCCUGGCGUUGUUGGUGAAGAUUACAUCGCCAUCAUCAUGCGAGAGAUCCUGCGUGGAUUGGCAUACCUCCAUGACGAAGGCAAACUCCAUCGCGACAUCAAAGCAGCCAAUGUGCUCCUCUCUGCAACAGGCGACGUCAAGCUAGCAGACUUUGGCGUAUCAGGUCAAUUGACUGCAACCAUGGAUAAGAAGAACACCUUUGUGGGAACACCCUUCUGGAUGGCGCCAGAAGUCAUCAAGCAGUCUGGCUACGACUACAAGGCAGACAUCUGGAGUCUAGGUAUCACGGCCAUGGAACUAGCGCAAGGAACACCGCCGUAUUCUCAGCUGCAUCCGAUGAAGGUCCUCUUCCUCAUUCCCAAGAAUGCACCACCAACACUCGUGGGACAUGGCUUUUCGGAAGCUUUCUGUGAUUUUGUCACGCAGUGCCUCAGAAAGCAUGCAGAAGAUCGACCGAGUGCGAGACAGCUCUUGAAUCACAAAUUCAUCCGUGGCGCACGACGUACCUCCUACCUCAAAGAACUCAUUGAACGCACAGAGCAAUACAACAGUAAUCACGGCAAGCAAGAACAAGACAUGAAACGGCAUGUUCAUCAAGAUACGUUCGCCAAUGAUGCUACUGUGCGUUUGGAAACUUGGGAUUUCGGUACAGUGCAAGGGAGCGCUACACAGCGCAAGAUUAUUGAACGACGCAACCUGUCGUAUGAUUAUUCCUCCUCAGAAGACGAAAACACGGCGCCACCGCUUGCAAAAAGGCAGACCGAUGAUGCGUUUGAGUAUCCAUCCGACAGACCAGCUGAUCCGUAUGCAACAGUCAGAGAGCUCAAACCUACUGAAGCUGCCUCGCCGCUUGCUGUACGCAGUCCGAAUGAUCCAGGGAAAGCACCACAAGUCAAAUCAGCGGGCGGCAAGAAACCUCUUACGGCAUUACCCGCUGUGGAUGUGGCGCUGCCUGAUGAAGGCAUCUUUUCUCAACGCGCAAAAUCUAUCGGUCGACCAACCUUACUCGUUCCAUCACUACUGAGUGGGACGACGACGUUGACGAAUACGUCUGCCGUUUCAACGACAUAUAGACGUGGUGCUCCACGAACAAACCAGGCGCCACCGAUCGAGAGUGAAGCGUACACGACACUUGUCGCGCCUGUAUUGUUGGAAAUGAGAGCACGCGCAGCAGACUACCCAGUUGCCUUGAAAUCAUUGCAGGAGCUUGAAGAUUGCAUGCGGCAGUGUGAUGGCGAUACGAAUGGUCUCAUGGAUACACUCAUCUUGGGCGUCUUGGGUGAAGCGUGCAAAACAGGCUAUGAUCGCUAUAUUCGUCGAGAAUUGAGAUUACAAGAUGAGGACUAGCGGUGGCGAAGGACUUUAUCGAGAAACACAAAACACGCACACACAAUUAAUUGGUUUGUACAGCACCAGCAUCGAGUACCUUCUCAUUCUUCUUUCCCUUUUAGCAGCAGCAGACAAUCAAUACUUUAAACAAGUUGACCAUGGGCGGUUUGAUGACUAGAUGCACUGACUAUAGGGCCUAGCUCGGCGCAGUAUUCCCAACCAUUGCCAGGAU